AUGAUGCAAAAGUCAUGGCUGAAUUUACAUAGGCUACGACCUGAAAUUCGGCACAAAAUUCUCGAGAUGCUGGCAAGGGAUCGGAGCCUUCGAGCCGCCGAUGACCCAAUUCCACGUUCCAAACUCGACAAUUCAAAAGACCCAUUUGCGCGGCUAACUUUUGUUCAUUUGAAAGCAAAGGCAAAAAUCGACAAAUCCAAGUAUGCCGCGAAAGCACUAGCUAAUGCAGCGUACCGAACGAAGAUCGUGAAGUUUUUAUACAAGCGGAUUGGAGAUAACCCGGCUGAGGUAGUCGGCAAGAUCAAGUCGCCAAUCCUGAAGGACAAGGAUAUGGCGGAAAAUACGCUCCCAAAAAAUCUACCCUUAAUCCCCGAAUCAAAUGAAAACCCCCUUACUCAAGAUGCGGCUGUAUUUUCCGUCCCCGUUACGCGCAUGAACUACCCUCCCCUACAACCGAUUUACUACCACUUUGAUGGCCCGAUGCUGUAUGAUUGGGUGUGGUAUCGGCGC